UCAUUCUAGAGUCACCAUGGCAACCACUAUGCUGGGACUUCUGGGAGUUUUUCUGUUUGUUUUGUCCACAAAUGCAAAUCCGACACCGUCGUCCAACUUCAACGUGAGCAAGGUGGAAGGAAAGUGGUACCUGUCAGCUGUAGCUUCCAGUUCACGAUUCCUAGAUGGUCACAAAUUGAUGGACAAGGGCUCUGUGGUCGUCGUGACAGUCACUGCUGAUGGGAACCUGCAAGUGAACGGCUCGCAUCUGAUGAGGAAGGACCCUAAACGUGUAGGCUGUGUCAAGGUAUCUCGUUUACUGAGGAGAUCCGAAACCCCAGGAAGAGUUGCUACCUACAGCAUGCACUCCCGGACUAAGGAUGAAACCACUAUUUUGGAUGUGAAGGAUGAUGAGUACAUUAUCACCCAGACCAAAUGGACUUUAAAGAAAAAUGUCACCUUCACCCUCGAGCUCUUCACCCGUGAGCCUUUGGUCAGUGAGGCCAUUAGGAAGAAGUUCAGUCAGUUUGCCAUGAAGCGACACAUCGACCCUGAGAGAAUCCGGAUCCUCCCUUACAAGGGUGAAUGCGUCUGAGGAGCCGACUCUGAUGUCUGACCCCUGACCUCUACAGAAAUCAUCACCAUGGCUGCACACAGAUAAAUUACACUCCACCUCCUGAUCAGGGUUUCAGCUUCUGUUCCCUACAGCAGGGGUUUAACCGUGUCGAAUAAUCUACCGCUUCAAGCAAUAAACAUGAUC